AAAGCUAAUAAAUCAUGCUACGGCAUUUCCACCCAAAACAAAGCGCACAGGAUCUUUACAGUAUUCGAUAUGAAGGAUAUGUAUGCUGAACGCAGAGCAAAGCUGCCCAUAAGCCUGUAAGUUAGCCAAUAUCCAUUACCUGGGCGAACUUUAAGCUAUGGGAAUUUUAUUGUCUGGGCUACUUUACAACCGGUGUUCAGAUAAUAUUUAACACACUGUUAUAGCUGUGCUUUUUUGACUCGUGACGGAGUAGGCUGGAAGUAACUACAUUUUAGUAGGCUACAUUUUCAUGCAAUUUCGACCACAUUGGACUCAAAAUAAGACCUGGACUUGACCAAACCGACCAACAACCCUAUCCACCGCAAUGAACACAAUUGGAAAGUGGAUCUUGGGAAUCAUUGGGUUGGUUGUCGUUGUCGUCUUAAUAGCUGUCCCCACUGCCAUAUUUUUGAACGAGGAGAAGAUAGAGGCCAAGCGGACAUUUACUUUGGAGGACAACUUCAACACUAGCAUCCGGGCAAGGUCGUACAACCUGCGCUGGAUCUCAGACACAGAUUAUGUUCACAGAGGAAGUGAUGGCAAAGUCUACCAGCACAGUGCUGCAGCUGCUGACAGUGAAGGAUCAGUGUUUCUGGAAAAAGAUAUAUUUGAUCAAAAAGAAGCCUAUGAUUAUAUGAUUUCUGGGGAUAAGAAAUAUGUCGCCCUCAUGAGCAACUACUCCAAGCUAUGGAGACAUUCCUUUACAGCAUCCUACCACCUCUAUGAUCUUACUUCGACGGUUUUUGUGAGCACAAACCUUCAUGACAUCCAGUAUUUGGCCUGGGCACCAACUGGCAAUGCACUGGCCUAUGUGUGGAAGAAUAACGUUUAUGUGAAGGCCAGCCCAACCAGUGAAGCCAAGCAGGUCACCAGCAAUGGACAAGAUAAUCUGAUCCUCAAUGGAAUUCCAGACUGGGUCUAUGAAGAGGAGAUGUUUUCCACAAACCGGGCCUUGUGGUGGUCCCCAGAAAGCGCGUAUGUGGCCUACGCCGAAUUCAAUGAUACUAACGUCCCCAUCAUAGAAUAUUCCUGGUACGGAAAAGGGCAGUACCCAGAGACUGUCAUGAUUCCCUAUCCUAAGCCAGGAGCUGAAAACCCAACAGUCCGCCUGUUCAUUGUUGAUGUGUCGAACACAUCAGCAAUUACUGAGGUUGUUGUUCCGGACUCUGUUGGAGCUGAUGAUCACUAUCUGAGCACUGUUACCUGGGCGUCAGACAGACGCAUCGCUGUCCAGUGGCAAAAGAGAAACCAGAACCAUGUGCUUCUGCAAGUCUACAACUUUGAUGGAAACAGCUGGGUUAUGGGCAUAAAACAUGAACAAAUUAUGCAAAAUGGCUGGGUGGGUCGGUUUUCACCAUCAGCACCCGUCUUUGCUGCAGAUGGGAACAGUUUUUACCUUUUAGAGAGCGAUGCCAAUCACUACAAGCAUAUCAAUCAUGUCAGCGAAAGCACCAGCACGUUUAUCACAAAGGGAAAUUGGGAAGUCAUCAGUAUUUUGAAGGUGACCUCAAACAGCAUAUUCUUUGUUGGGAACGAAGGACAUCCUGGGCAAAGAAAUGUUUACAAGAUCACAAUCUCAGCCUCACAGUCCAGUCCAGAAUGUCUGACAUGCAAUGUGGACCAGGAGAGGUGCAAGUACAACUCAGCCAGCUUCAGCUUAGGCGGCUCCUUCUAUCGUAUGGAUUGCUCUGGUCCUGGACUUCCUCUGUACACCCUCAGAAACACCACUGAUGCAGAAAUCAAGGUUCUUGAAGACAACAAACACCUGGAUGACAUCCUGAAAGAAAUUGCCAUGCCCUCAGUUAUUCACGACACCCUAAAGAUUGACAAAUAUGACCUGUGGUACCAGAUGACCUUACCUCCUGGUUUCGACAAGUCCAAGAAAUACCCCCUCCUCAUUGAUGUCUAUGCAGGGCCUUGUAGCCAGAAGUCAGACUUUCGCUUCAGGCUAGGCUGGUCUGCCUACUUGGCCAGCACAGAGAAGGUCAUCGUUGCCAGCUUUGACGGCAGAGGAAGUGGUUACCAAGGAGAUGAAAUAAUGCACCUCAUCUAUAAACGGCUUGGAACCUACGAGGUGGAGGAUCAGAUAACAGCAGCAAGACGAUUCAUAGAUCUUGGAUACAUUGACAAAGAGAGGAUUGCCAUAUGGGGCUGGUCCUAUGGUGGCUACGUCACCUCCAUGGUUUUAGGUGCAGGAAGUGGCGUUUUCAAGUGUGGCAUAGCAGUUGCCCCUGUGUCCAAAUGGGAAUAUUAUGAUUCAAUCUACACGGAGAGAUACAUGCUGCGGCCACAAGACAACCAAGCAUUCUAUGAUAAUUCAACUGUAACUGGCAGAGCAAAGAACUUUGAAUCUGUCCAGUACCUCCUGAUUCACGGAACAGCAGAUGACAAUGUGCAUUUCCAGCAAGCAGCCCAGAUCUCCAAAGCUCUGGUGGAUGAGCAGGUGGAUUUCGAAGCCAUGUGGUACACUGAUGAGGAUCAUGGCCUUGGAGGCACUGCCUAUCACCAUGUCUACACUCACAUGAGCCAUUUCCUGAAGAGAUGUUUCACUUGAGACAUAGCAUCUGCCAAUCUUUUGACAUACUCUCUACCCACAAAUCAGGGAAUUCUAUCUCUCACUCAUUUCACAAAUGGAUUAAUAAUACUUUAAAUGCAAUUACCGUAUUUCUUUAUUUAAGAGAUGUAGGUUGUUAGCUGUGUAUUGGUUGAUUUUUCUAACAAGAACACUGUCAUGCACUUUUCAAUGAAUUUGAACAUUUCCUGACAUGCUUUUGUGAAGUCUGCAAGUUUUUUUAUUGAAAAAUAAAAUCUCAGUUUGAGCAUUCAUGAGCAUCUCAUGACGUUGUAGCACCUGAGCUUUUAUUUUGAUAUUAAAUUGCAAAUGUAAAAUUGGCUUCAGUCUGAUUGCCCAAUGUAUCUAGGUAUCUUCAGUGUGUAUUGCUAGAUUGAUAACAGGGGAGGGAGCGUACUAAAUGAGAGCAGUUGUGAUGAAGAAAAGACUUUUGGGACGGGAACAGUCAAAUUUGAGCUGGGUAUGUCUCGAAUCACAUUGACAUAUCGUAUUACAUACAAAUUAUUGUAUCAGCAUAAAUGUGAAAUUAUACACUGAUAUCACAAUUCUUCUGUGUGUAAUAUUGUUCGGAAUGACUUCAGAAUUGUUAUAAUUGCUUGAUGAGCAAACAUUAUGAGUAGUAAAUAUUUAUUUAAUAUUUCUUUUUGUGGUCAUUUACAAGGAUUCAUCUACUUCAAUUCAUUCAUGGUGUUUACAUGUUGAUAAUAAAAUU